AUGCAGGCGCAAAACGAACAACCGCCGGUCCCUAUUUCAAUCACGAUUUGCGGCGAUGGGGGCUGCGGUAAAUCGUCCAUCACAUUGCGCCUUGUGCGCUCCCAAUGGAUCUCGGAGUAUGACCCUACUAUAGAGGAUUCGUACAGUCUCACCCGUCGCAUCGAUGGCACAACAUAUCAUCUCUCCAUUACGGAUACGGCCGGCCAGGAGGAGUACAGGGGUAUGUGGGCGUCCUCUAACUUGGGCGCCGACGCUUUCCUCAUGGUUUACGAUAUUACUUCGGCGCAUUCCCUCGAUGCCUUGGAAUACUUCGACGACCUCGUCAACAUUGAGUCGGACACUCGUCUUGAAAACGCAGACCGGGCCAAGUUUGCUGGCAUCAAACCUUCUUCGCAAGGGAACUCUGCAUUCGGCCGCGGUUCAAACAAGAUGGUUCCUCCCGUGAAGAUGGUAGUCGGCAAUAAGUGCGAUCUUCAAGACGCCCGCCAGGUUCCGGCAUCUCAAGGCUUGGAGUGGGCGCGCAAACGAGGUUGUGGAUUCAUGGAGACCAGUGCGAGAUUGGAGGUGAACAUUGAAGAGACGUUUGCGCUCAUCAUUCGUCGAGUAAUGGAGGCUCGCCGUUUGGCCGAGGACGAGACGGACGAUGCCAAUGCUAUGGGCAUGACGAAGCCUUUGAGUCCGCUACCAAACGACGGAGAUCCCGAAAAACGAGGCCCUGGUGUGAGAGGUCCCAAGCUACAAGGAGACAAUACGCACGGCGGCUUCUGGAGGAGCUUGCGGUGUUGGUAG